UUCGGGUUAAGUUUCCUUCAAUUACUCCACAGACCCUGGCGGAAACUCCUCACUCCUCACUCUGCUGUUACCGGGCCAGUAAAUAGUGAUUCACAUCGCGUGUAACAGUCUGCAGUCAACGACUCAUUUGUUCCGACCACUUCAGGCGACGGAGGAACGUCGCGACACUCACAGACGGCUUCGUCGCUUUCUUUACAAGCCCGUUUGGAGAUGCUCCAGGAGGCAAUGAGCACUGCGCUCUGCCUGUCCUGCUCCCUGCUACUGGGGGUCUGUUUCCCAGCAGAGGGUGCAGGGGCCACAGGGCCUCUUCCUGCUUUACCCCCUGAACGACAGUCUGGGGAACCAGACCUUGAGGAUUGGGGUUCUGGAUCAUCUCUACUGCACCUGCUCCACAGCUUCCCUGCUGACAGCCCCUUCAUAACAGAGACCCCAGGAAAACCAGUCAACUGCACCCAGCGCUUCUGGUUACCACCAUCCUCUGCAAUCUGCUGGGAAAACAUAGCCGGACCCGAGGAGUUUGCCAGGUCCCGUCUGCUUGUCCUCCAGAACAGAGCAUUCCUGCAGGCUGUGUCCACCACCAGUGGAGUGGAGGAGGGAGGGGUCUCCUACCAACUUCAAGCCAGAGAGGAGGUCCAGGGAAUCAACUCAGACCACAUGAGUGCGGUAGAAACUAUGCAGACCAUGGAGAAGGAGUUUGCAUCUCUGGAGGAGACGAGGAAAGAAGGGAAGGAGGACGGAACCGUCACACGCAUGAAGGAGCAUCUUGCCAACACAAGAGUCUCCAUACAUGGAAGAGAGCACUUGACAAACAUCCUGGAGGAUAACUUUUCUACUUUAGAGAAUACUUUGCUUAACAUGCAGCUUCGGCUGCACAAACUCAUCCAGCAGUGACCAUAAGAAGAACCGGUUGUUCUGUUUUGUGCUGUAUUAAUAUAUUCAUGAUCAUUGUUUUACAAUGUAGCAAAUGCAUGCAUGCUCAGGAGUAUGGAAGUAGUAAAACUUGAGAUGCACCGUAUGUCAUCAAAGCACCAACAUGUAACAUGUAAACUGGUAUCAGCAGAGAUAAAUAAACCUCACUAUCAGGAAGAUUUGAUGCACAUGUAGCUAAUAAAUCACAUUUUAGAUUUCCAGUUUGAGACAUGUUCCAUGUGGAGAUUUUAUGGUCACACUAGCUGCCGCUAGUAAAACAUCUAGUAAAACCCCAAGACAUGUUUGCAGAUGCAUGGGAACAGAAAAAUUCAUCAUUCAACAAGAAUAAACUGCAUUUUCAGACAAGUA